UGAAGAACAGCAAGGAUGGGAGGAUUCUGUGCAAAGAGCAAUAAGGUUGAUCCCGAGCUCGAAAUAGCUCAGGAGGAGAUUGAUACUGCAGAAAAUGAAGAUGCAAUGUCACUGAAGGAUUUUGAUCCGCAAGUGGAGGAGGAGCCACCAGGAAAACUGCGGCAAAUAUGUAUUUUCCCUCCACAAGGCAUAUUUGCUGAAAUCGUAACAAAUGUAGCAGCAGCAGCACUGAUCUGGGCUGUGAUCUGGGCUGUUAUAGGCAAGGAGUGUCUUCCUGGUGGAAAUGUCUUUGGACUUUUGUUCCUCUUCUUUUGUUCUUUACUUGGUGGUAAAAUUAUGGAGUCCAUUAGAGUACCUGGCUUGCCUCCACUGCCUCGUCUUCUUGGGAUGCUGCUCGCUGGGUUUCUCAUCAGGAAUGUCCCGUACACCAGUAAGCUAGUCCAGAUCAAUGUGAAAUGGGGAGCUGCCCUGCGAAACAUUGCCCUCUCCAUUAUCUUGGCUCUUGCUGGUCUUGGCCUUGACCCAAAGGCUCUGAAUAAGUUGAAAGCGAUCUGUUUCAGACUAAGCUUUGGUCCUUGCCUCACUGAAGCAUGUGCAGCAGCUGUCCUGUCUCACUAUAUCAUGGAGCUGCCAUGGGAAUGGGGGUUUAUGUUAGGGUUUGUUCUAGGUGCUGUGUCUCCUGCUAUCGUUGUCCUUUCAUUGCUGAUGCUGCAAUCCAGAGGAUAUGGUGUCGAUAAAGGCAUUCCUACCUUGCUAAUAGCUGCUGCCAGCCUGGAUGAUAUCGUGGCCAUUACAGGAUUCAACACCUUCUUGGGCAUAGCCUUUUCCACAGGCUCUGUCUUCAAGAGUAUCCUCCGUGGUUUAAUAGAAGUUGUACUCGGUGCAGGAGCUGGUGGCCUUCUGGGAAUUUUUAUUUGGUACUUUCCAAGCAAGGAUCAGGCAUAUGUUGGGUGGAAGAGAGCAUUCUUUGUGUUGGGUCUCUCUGCGUUUACUCUUUUGGGCAGCAAGCAGUUUGGCUUUCCUGGAUCUGGAGGCCUCUGCACAAUUGUCUUGUCAUUUCUGGCUGGGCUGAGGUGGUCUGUGGAAAAGAAAGCAGUGGAAGAGAUUGUUAGAAUUGCCUGGCAAUUUUUCCAACCCUUUCUGUUUGGUUUAAUCGGAGCUGAAAUAUCCGUUGUCUCUCUUGGACCAAAAAUGGUUGGGUUUUGUCUGAUCACAAUGUGUUUGGCUCUCAUGAUACGAGUUACUGCUACGUUCCUGUUGGUGAGUUUCGCUGGCUUGAACUUCAAAGAGAAAACGUUUAUCGCACUGGCAUGGGUCCCCAAAGCAACUGUCCAGGCUGCAAUUGGUUCUGUUGGUUUAGAUACAGCCCGAGAGCUGAAGGAUCCAGUCCUGGAACAUUAUGGCCUGACCAUCUUGACAAUAGCUUUCCUGGGAAUCCUGUUAACAGCUCCAACUGGAGCUCUGGUCAUUGGCCUGGCAGGACCCAGACUCCUUCACAAGACUGACAUGGGCGAUGAAGAUGAGAAAAGAGCAACUUCGCCAAUAUAGGAAAGUGUCAGCGAAUACCUAAAUCGGUACUCCAGGCUUCUAAGAAAUCACGGUGCCCUAUAGUGGCAUACAGUUGUCUGAAAUCCCAUGUGGAAUGCAUUGUAGGUCCUGCUAAAACAGCAACCCAAGUAGAGGAGAACAUAGUUACAUUAAAUCAGCAUCCAGGUGUUCCUUCAUCCUUCACACAGGAAUUUUGGAUGACUGCAGCCACAAGUGGAGUAGAUCAUUGGCCUGGACAAAUGCCAACAGGGUGUGAGAAAGCAUUUAGGGUGGCUCCAUGAAGUGUCACUGGAGGUUUAUACGGUGGUCUCAGCAGAAAGACAUGCCAGAAGCGCCAAUCCCAGCAGUAAAUAAUCAAGAGAAAGUUCAUAGACUUUACAACCGAUGGUCAAAGUUCCCAAUGGCUUUUUUUCAGUAGCCAAAGGCAGUUAGUUAUGUUCUGGCAAUAGAUGUGCAGUCUUUGGAACCACCCAGGGAGAGUGAUGUUUCUUU